AUGGCUUACCCAGCGCAGACUUCAACUGAUACUUGGAACAAUUCCUUAUUUGGGCAGCCUGCACAGCCAGCGAUUUAUCUUCCUUCGGAACGAGUUUCUGUACCUCAUGCUCAGAUGUUCAUUCCACAGGAGCCUGCCGUCAAAGAAACUUCAAAGACAACGAGACAAACGCUACAAAAUUCCCCAGUAACAAGCGAAAGUGAAAGUGCUACAGAUCCUGAUGUGUGGGAAUCUGUUUCAAUGCGAAGAAGUCCAGGACAUAAUGAACAGCAAAAAGACGAUGAUGAAAUCCAAACGGAACCUCGACCAAGAGGUCCACCAUUUGAGCAAAAAGGGCCUACAUUCAAUAAGGAGGUUAAACCAGUUCCUCCUCCUCCACCUUCUUCACCGGAACAAGUUCUGCGAGAGAAACCUCUUGAGGCAAUGACUUCAGAAAGACUGAUUCAGCAGUUCGAACUUGAAACUGAUCAGUUGGAGGAAGAAGCUAUCCGUAGAAUUGCCGAUUAUGAUAGACAAGAACAGUUGAACGAACUUAGAAGGAAAAUGUGCGAUCGAUUCAAGAGAUUUUAUCCAAAUCUAUUUAGCGAUGAAGAUGAGGAAGAGGGCAUAGAUGAGGAAGCAAAAACUUCUGAAGAGGAAGAUGAAGAUGAAACUGGUGUUCCUAUAAAUGGUGAAGUUAUUCGAAAUGGUAUUCAACUUGCAGCCAGAUAUCUUGCUUUAUGGUUCCCGGACAAGAAAGAGCGAAAGGAGAUGAUUCCGUGGAAUACAUUAAGAAAAAUUAAGCCUAUUCGUCUCUGCUUUUUGGAUAAUCGCGUAGGGCACGGCGAGUACGAGACCUUUGACAUCGGUGAAUUUGUAACCAGCACCGGCCAUAUGAUGUUUGCUUAUGGUGAUGGCCCAGAGGCUGAAGAUGAUACAAGACUUUUUGUGCUCGAUGUUGUUCGACAACAGAUGAAUAUGCUAUUGCGGCGAUUAUGGUGCAAAAUGGUAGAGACGCAUGAAAGGAAGGUUUUCACAUACUGCCACAUAUUCUCGCUUUAUAAAAAACAUCCAAUUCGAUUGAGGCGACUGGUUCGGUACCUCGUAGAACAAAACCGUCAGCGACACAUGCUCUAUAGAGUGAUGAUCGAUCAAGGUCGUCGUAGAGGCCAAGACUACUUUGAAAAUCGCAUGGGUGUUAAUGAAACCGGUUCUACGGAAGUAAUAUUCUUGAGAAAACGGUAAGU